AGUCGGCAGAGGAGUGUCUGAAGGAGCCCCGGCAUUGCUGCUGGGGCGGCUUUCAGGAGCGCUUGCUGCCCGCUGUCGCUGUGUGCGCCAUGAAGCGCAAGGCCCCUGACGCGAGGGAGAAUGCGUGCGUGCUGUGCGGCCGGGCAGACGCUGACCCAGAUAUUUAUGGGGAGAAGAGCCAGGAUAACGGUGUCUGCACCCAUGAGAAUUGCCUGUAUCUGGCCAACGGGCUUUUCUCCCGGCGGGCAAGGAACAACGGAGCCCACAACGUCUGCCCGGAGGACGUCCGACGGGUCGUGAAGCAGGCCACUAGGAAGAUCUGCUAUGUCUGUGGCGAGAGGGGGGCCACCAUUACCUGCCAGGGGAAGAAGUGCAAGCGCAGCUUCCAUUUCCCCUGCAGCCGCGAGAAUGGAUGCAUCUCCCAGUUCUUUGGGCACUACAGGUCCUUCUGCCAGGAGCACAGGCCAGCACAAACAGUGCAGGCGCACCAGGACGGCCAAGCCUCGUGCGUCAUUUGCCUGGAGCAUGUGGAGGAGAAGCUGUCCUACCAGACUAUGGUGUGCCCCAGCUGCAGGCAGGCAUGGUUCCAUCGGGGCUGCAUCCAGCAACAGGCUUUCCACGCUGGCCUGCUUUGCUUCCGGUGCCCCCAGUGUAAUGACAGGGAGAAAUUCCUGCCAGAAAUGUCUUCCCUGGGGAUCCAAAUCCCUGCCAG